AUUCACAUAGAGCCGCACUGAGAACGGUGACUCUGUGGAGACUCGUCCUGUUUUUAAAGCGCUAAACAGACCCAUUUUCUUCUGGUCUGAUCCGUUUACGGAUGGUGAACUACUCCGUUGAGCUUCUGUUAAAUAGUCACUGUUUUGGUUGUCAGACGAGAAGUAAACCCAUCUUUUCCUCCGCGGAGAUCAUGCGCGACACCGAGGAGAGCUCUUCUCUGGUAGGCGCCAGACUUCACUGCUCCAGGCAGCAGGCUCCAGGGCCUCUGUGGUGCUCCUGAUGCCCCUCACCCACUAACGAAGAUCCCGGGUGGGCGAGGGACUGGAAGGGAUCUCCCUCUGAGCGUGCCACUUCACAAGGACGACAGGUUGACUGUGACUCAGACAGAGUCAACAAGUGAAGCGCCCCCUAUUCUGCACUUCCAGUACCAGCUGUGUGAACGGCGUUUCUCCUGCUGGGACACGGUGCUGGCAGGUGACUGCCUCUAUCUGGAGAUCCCCAGCGGGGAUUUGCCAGAGGGCAGCAAAGAGGGGCUUACCAGUCUGUUGGAGUUCGCAGAGGAGAGGCUAAAAGUCAGCUAUGUGUUCCUGUGGUUCUACAAAACCAGGGAGGAUCGAUUGUCAAUCACAAGGACCUUCCACUAUAUGGGAUUUGAGAUGGUGAAGCCCGGUCACCCUCUGGUGCCGGCUCGAACCGAUCUCCUCUUCAUGGUCUACUCGAUGGACGACAGCAGCUCUGACGAGGAAUGACUUCUUCCUCGCACUUACUUGCUCUGAAAAAGCCCCCCUCAUCCCAACUAUGCCUUCUGUUCUUCUCCUAAACCUCCUCCACAACGCUGGCAGUGCCCCAUCCCUCUUGAACCUCCUCCACACCAAAAACUGACUUUUUUUUAAAUGGGGGGCCAGAGGAGUUGGAAUGGAGAAAGUGGGAAGCUAGGACUGACUUGAGUUGCUGACCGCUCGGUGCACAAGCAUGCCUGUCUUUCUUCAGCUGGGGGUUGUUUGGUUGGUUGGUG